AUGGAAUUGGUGACAGAUAAAACAAAAUUAUGGUAUUUCCCACCGGAUUCAGAAGAAGAUGUUCCGAGAUAUGCCCUACAAACCGCCAAAGGUUCCAACGGGGAGUUUCUCAUUUAUGAUGAGAUUAAACUCUUGACCAACGAGGAUAUUUUGAAGAUUCAACCAUUGAGGGUGAAUUCAGACCAAAUGCAGGUUAACUUCCGAAACUCAUCGAUUGGCAGUGCCAAUUUCGAUGACGAUGAAGCAGAGGAUCAUUUCACCAAUUUUGUUAGUCAAUGGAAGAGCGGGCUUAAAUUCAUUGAGCAGUCAAAAAGUGAAACCACCUUAGCCCAACUUAAACAACAACGUCAAUUAGAAGAGAAAAAACGCCAAAAGAUCCAAUUAUUCAAGUUCUUGUGCUCUAAUUUGAAAAACUAUAUCAAACCUAGCGACAUCAAUGUGAGGAUCAUCACAUGGAAUUUGCAAGGAAACUCCAGGGUGUUUGAAACCGAAAGAGAAAACUUGAAGAAGUUAUUGAAUGUUCAAGGUGAUUUGAAUGAUCCUAACAUUAAAGCACCCGAUAUGUACAUUAUUAAUUUACAGGAGACCGUGAUAUUAAACACUCUUUCAUUUUAUUCAUCCCCUGUGUUGGUAAAUGAAUGGGCCAAUUUUAUCAUUGGAAUUUUGAAUGAGGAGUUCACUGAUGGUCGACCUUCAAGUUCCAGUAGUAAUUUGACCGCAUCUGACAGGAUUUUAAAUGAAGAAAAGGAUUCAUUGAAGUAUGAUUAUUUGGUGGAUAAUAGAUUAGUGGGUCUAUCGUCGAUUAUUAUUGUUAGACAGUGCUUGAAGAGGCAAAUUUCCAAUAUUGAAGUAUCGACUACCGGUACAGGAAUUUUGAAUAUGUUUGGUAACAAGGGAGCAAUCUUAAUUAAGUUCACCUUCAGUUAUGAUAAAGACAUUUUACCGUAUAUCACUGAUGAAGCAACUGAAUUGACAGACCAAGAACGGAAAGACAUUGUUCAUGGAUAUAAAUUUGUGGUGGUCAAUACACAUUUAACAGCGGGCGAGAACAAUCUUGCAAAACGGAAAAGGGAACUUCAAGCUAUUGAAAAAAAUCUAAGACUCAAGGAAUAUUUUAAAGACGACAGCUUCUAUUUGGUGAACCCUUUGCUAAGUUACGACUAUUUUAACAGUAAUAGUACCAAUGGCGGUGAUAUUGACCCAUUCAAAUUUAAUGAUCAAGAGACUAUGAGGGAUAAUAGAUUGAUAAGUAUGGAAGAUUUGACGUUGAAGAAUAAGGGGAAUGAUGAAACUUCAAAGAAAAAUUCAUUGGCCAAUGGUGAACAAUUCCAGGAUAUUUCAUUAAUGGCUGAACAAGGGUCUACGAUUACCUCACCUAAAGAAACAGCGUCCAAAAUCGUGUCGCCACUACUUGGAUUAGCAGAUAAGUUUCCUAAAUCUCCAUCUUUAUCACUAAACGAUGGUGCCACUUUCAAAGUUACAUCUCCAAACAUUUCUGAUCUGAAAACUUCAUUUUUUAAUGACUGCUUUGUUUUCUUUGGUGGGGACAUGAACUUCAGACUAGUUCCUUUGGGUAAUGACUUACAACCGACAGACGCUACUGCUAAUAAUAUCAAUGAGGCAAAUAAAGAAUUCCAAAAUGAGGUGAAGGAAUUAGUGUUGCAAAAAAGAAUCGAUGCCUUGUUGGAAAGGGACCUGUUGAGCAUUGAAAAGGGAAACUUGAAUAUUUUGGGUGGUUUCAAUGAAGCACCAAUUGAUUUUAUGCCAACUUAUAAAUGCAUGGUGAAGCAAAAUAAACCGACAGUGCCAUCUUCUAGUGAAACCAUCACUUCAGGAAGCAUAAAUGAGGUCAGUGAAGAUUCAAACAUUGAUAUUGAAGACCUUUCUAUCAAUUCAGGACCAUACGAUGAUACUCCUUAUGAUUUUGCUCGUAUUCCUUCAUAUACUGAUCGUAUUUUCUUUAGUGAGUCGAAUAUCUUUGAAGACGACCCGUCAGAAUCUCCUCAUGAUUCUUCAUCAAGACAUAUUAGGGUGAAUAAAUACGAAUCGGUACCAGAUUUCACUAGCAGUGAUCAUCGACCAGUCUAUUUAGAUUUAACGUUACAAAAACUAGACCUUAUUGAUUUUGAUGAACGAUACAAAUUGAUGAAGAGUUUUUUGAAAACUGUUGACUUGCAAGAGAAUUCUAAGAAGCCAGUGGCAGAAAUUUCUCCAAUUGAUAUGAAAGUUCAAGAUUUGAAAAUUUUCAAUAAACCGAUGGAACAUGAAGUUGUGAUCGAGAAUAAUGGUAAAAAGAGAUUUUCAUGGGAAAUUGUGAACUACGAUCCUAAGAAUUUAAAUAAGUUUGUCCAAGUCGAAUCAACCUUGGAUACUAAUGACGUUGAUGACAAGGGUUUGUUUGAGAAUUAUUUGAAGCAGCCAGUGGUGGAAGUUUUUCCAACUCAAGGAACCAUUCCAGCAUUGGGUAAAAUGAAAGUGAAGAUUAAGGUGAAUUCUGUCAAGGUGGGAAUUAAGAAAAUUUUACUAUCGCUUAUUCUUCGAAUUAUUGGGGCAAAAGAUUUUUUUUUAACUUAUGAGUUCAUUACCAAGAACUCUAUUUUUGGGGAGUCUUUGGAUUUAUUGAAUAACAUCAAAGGGUUUGGCUCGUCUUCUGGAAUCCCACCUUCAAUUUAUGAAUUGGUUAAUUACUUGAGUAACAAUUUGCACCAAGAUAUGUUCAAUGAUGUUUAUGAUUUCAAUGGUAGCAGCAAGAUGGAGCUCGAGUCCAAAAUUCUCGAUGAUUUAGAUUUAUCAAUAAGAGAGCAAUUAGAAAAUAGUGAAGGAUUGGAUCAAAACUAUAUAAAACAGACCACAAAAUUCAACGGAGAAGACGAGACUAACAGUAUUGCCAACGCAAUGGUAAGAACCUUAUUAUUGUUACUCAAUAAUCUAGAUGGUGGGAUCAUUCCAAAAGAAUUUGCAACUUUUAUUCUUGACGACAUUCAACUACCAUCGUUUUUCAACUUGAACAUCAACAAGUUCGAAUUACAAUCAGAUAUCACUACUAAGGUCUUGGAGUUCUUGCCAGGGUUGAGAGCUAAUGUAUUUAUGUACAUUUCCUCAUUCUUGACUCUUUACUUGAACCAAUUUCAGAAUGCUGAUAGAAAUUACUUGGCUUCUUUGUUCGAAGAGGCAUUGAUAAGCUUACCUGCUGAUGCAUCAAGGGCAAUCAAGGGAAAGAGAAGAGAAGUUUUGAAGAUCUUGAUAUAG